CUUCUCUUCUUCUUCUUCUUCUUCACUAAUGAUUCAUUUUCUCGUCAAUCUUCUCCAUUUUCUCACCAACCGAAGUCGUGGAAAAAAAAAUUUCCCGCUGUUUUUUGUUAAAGUUUCAUGUAGAUGGCAGUUAAACUACAGCGACCUGGUCUCGUAUCAUCAAGCUCUUCAAAACCAUGUCAGCCGCAAAUGUCCAUUGUAACUUUUGUGUCCUGCAAAAAGGCUGUUCAAUUGGAUUGUUUAUCAAAUUGCUGGAGCAAUCCUAGGAGCCAAUUGUUUGUAAGAUAUGGUUUUCUCGAAAGGAGCAAAAAUUGUCUUAAUAGGCAAUCGUUUAACAAGAAGAGAUCACGGAGGCUGGUGCAGCCUUUUCUCCUUGCAUCUGCUGAAGAUGGAGUGGCUGUUAAUGGCAGUCCCCAGUCAAGAUCUAGCAUGAGGGCCAAAUUCACUGGAUCAUUACCAGACGGAAACAACUGUAAUGGACUCACCCAGUCUCUCCACGAUGCUGCAAGAAUUCUUGAAUUUGCAGUAAAAGAGAAGAUUACUCCGUCCAGAUUUUCAUGGUUUUCAGCUACCUGGCUGGGUGCUGAUAGAAAUGCAUGGGUGAAGACUCUUUCGUAUCAGGCUUCUCUGUACUCCUUACUACAAGCGGUAAAUGAGAUUUCAUCCAGAGGAAAUAACAGAGACGAGGAUGUUAAUGUCUUUGUUCAAAGGAGCUUAUCACGCCAAGCUGCUCCCCUUGAGAGUAUGAUGCGGGAUAACCUAUCUUCCAAACAUCCUGAAGUCUAUGAAUGGUUUUGGUCUGAGCAUAUUCCUUCUGUAGUGACAUCUUUUGUGAAUUAUCUUGAGGGGGAUCAACGAUUUCUUGCUGCCACUUCUGUCUAUGAAAAAGGAAUGUCCUCAGCUGCAAGAAAUGAGAUUGAGGUGUCACUUCUCAUGCUUGUGCUCAAUUGCAUUGCAGCAAUCACGAAACUUGGCCCAGCAAAAUUUUCCUGCCCGCCCUUCUUUUCUUCGAUUCCAGAUACAGCUGGAAGAUUGAUGGAAAAAGUUGUAGACUUCGUUCCAAUCCCUCAAGUCUAUCAUUCAGUCAAAAGCAUUGGCCUACAAAGAGAAUUCCUUACUCAUUUUGGUCCUCGCGCAGCAGUGGGCAGAGUAAAAGGUGACUUUGCUACAGAUGAAGUUGUUUUCUGGGUCGAUCUUGUACAGAAACAACUGCAGCGGGCUAUAGAUCGGGAGAAAAUAUGGUCAAGGUUAACAACAUCCGAAAGUAUAGAGGUUUUGGAGAGGGAUUUAGCAAUUUUUGGAUUCUUCAUUGCCUUAGGCAGGAGCACGCAGUCUUAUUUAGCUGCAAAUGGUUUUGAUUCUCUGGAGAAUCCUUUGAACGACCUUGUUAGGCAUCUAAUUGGGGGCAGCGUCCUGUACUAUCCUCAACUUUCAGCCAUCAGUUCGUACCAACUGUAUGUAGAGGUUGUUUGUGAAGAACUAGAAUGGAUUCCUUUCUAUCCAAACAAUACUGGCGCACAGCCCCAAAAAAAAUCGCAUGGGAGCAAACCAGAAGGGGCACCGAAUUACGAAGUUAUUCCCCAAGUGCUGGAUGUUUGCUCGUAUUGGCUACAGAGCUUUAUUAAACAUAGUAAAUGGCCAGAGAAUCCUUCUAAUGUCAAGGCAGCAAAAUUCUUAUCCAAGGGGUACAAGAGUGUGAUUCGGUGCAAGGAUGAACUGGCGAUGUCAAAGGAUACGUCGUCAGCUGUUAGAGAGUCGGACUCAUUUGACAAGGCCCUAGAAAGUGUAGAUGAAGCCCUCGUGAGACUGGAAAGCCUGCUACAGGAGUUGUAUGUAUCAAACUCAUCGUCUGGAAAGGAACAGAUAAAAGCCGCUUGCUCUGACCUAGAGAAAAUUCGGAAGCUUAAAAAAGAGGCUGAAUUUUUGGAGGCAACUUUCAGAGCCAAAACAGCUUCCUUGCAACAGGGAGGUGACGAAAAUGAUUCCCGGGAAUCGUACGAGGUAAAACAAAGGUAUUUUAAAGGGAAAGACACAAAGAAUGCAAUUAGUUCUGAAGAUCAAGGCAAAAGUAGUAUGAGCCGUGGAUUCUGGGGAUUUUUUGUACGGCCUCCAAAGAGUAAGCCUGAUCCUGAGUUAUCGGGAGAUGAAAAUAAUGGGGAGUCCAUAGGAAACUUACUUAGCAUGGACUCGGAGACAAAUGAGAUCAGUCGAUUUGAAAUUCUAAGGAACGAACUGAUAGAACUAGAAAUGCGGGUCAAAAGAAGCACUGAUCAGUCAGUGGAUGAAGAGGAAAGAAUCUCUGAGGAUGAUCAUCAAUCAAGCAGUAGAACAAAAGGCGUUCAGUUGAUUCAGAUUCCAAAGAAGGAAAGCAUGAUGGAGAGAACUCUUCAGAAGCUAAGAGAAACCACCACGGACGUGUGGCAAGGUACUCAGCUUCUUGCCAUUGAUUCAGCAGCUGCUGUGAAGCUACUUCGGAGGUCUCUGAUCGGUGAUGAAUUAACAGGAAAAGAAAAGAAAGCUUUGCGCAGAACCAUGACUGACUUGGCAUCAGUUGUUCCCAUCGGUAUUCUAAUGCUUCUUCCAGUUACAGCGGUUGGUCACGCAGCCAUGCUGGCUGCGAUUCAGAGAUAUGUGCCAGGCCUGAUUCCUUCCACAUACGGGUCAGAAAGGUUGAACCUAUUGAGACAGCUUGAGAAAGUCAAGGAACUGCAAACAAAUGAAACUGAGCCCGAAGAAGGAAUCGAGGAUAUAGUAUAUGACUAGAAAGGAGUCGAUAAAUACUUGUACCUCUUUUCGUUUUGUUCGAUAAUUCAUUGCCAAUAGCUGCGCAUAGAGAAUCUCAUUCCAUGUGUCAGGCACACCGGGUAAGCACCAGUGACUGCAAUCUUGAGGUGCAUCUUCAGGAGUUCCCGGCUCUCGAUAACGCGAUGGAUGAGCAUCUUUUCUGAACUCGGUCAGAUAUGUAAUGUUCAAAAACUUAACCUUACUAUGUUCAUAUCUCAUUUCUUGUAUUACUUGAGAGAUAUAAUUGUUGUGGAUAGGGUCAGGUUCCAUCUUCUUCAUAUCAAUC